AUGCAGCCUGCUCGAUCGGCCAUGAAGCACAACGCCAGUAUCUUCGUUGCGGCCUCAGGUGCCACCGAUGACGAUAUAUACGAUUUCCCAACCAGUCGCGAAACGACACCAACAUCGCUAGUGGAGGGAGCGUCGCAAGCUGGCGCUCGGAGGAACAAUGAUAUCGGGAAAAAAAGAAAGCACUCGUCUGCAUUCUCAGGCGCAUCAGCUUUGAGGCGACCACAACCUUCGCGACCUCAGUCCAGACCUACAUCUGGCUCUGAGGUCGCGCCAAAAAGAAUAUUAUCAACGACCCCGUCGCUACCGAAGGACACUCAACGGGAGACACUGCCUAGCAGGGGGGUACUGUUGCCGGCAGCACCGAUUCGAGAUACGAAGACCAUUAAUGUCCCCGAAACUUCGAAAUCGACGCUUCUAGACAUACCCAAGCCGAUGAAGCCCGCUCCACGUCGUCAGCGCUUGAUUGACACUCUAGCCGCGCAAAGAGCCGAGAGUCCAGGGUCAGACCACAACUCAGACCCGGAGUCCAUUUCUGGUUCCGAAACGGAUAUUUCAAAGACUCGCACAUCACAUAAUCUCGGAGAAACAGCCAACAACAGCCCGUCACCGCGAGUUCGACUUGGGGCGGCUCGAACACCUGAUCGGCGGCCAGGGCCAACCAAGAGCAGAAAGAUAAAGUUGACUUAUAGUAGCUCAAGGAGCUUUUUAAGUACUUCUCAAAGCCAAACCGAUACGGCCAUGUUUGAUGAUGGAGGCGGUGUUCUGCCGGCGCCGGGCGACAAAGACCCUUUUGCGGCGUCUCUGAGCCCACCUACUGCCGACUACGACUUUGAGGACGAUCUAGAUGGCCCGAAGGUCGGUAUACAGAGUGUUCAUGAACUUCGCCGUGCCGGCGCCAAUAAUCGAUUUUCGGACGAAAUGGACGAUUUAUUAUCCCGCAUCGGUAAACCGUCCGCUAUCCCAUCCUCAUUGCGGCGAAACGCCCUGUGUGAGCUGGCAAACAAGCUGCAGCGCAAGGAUUUCGCCAGCCAAUUCCGGGAUCAUGCGGCGCGCGAUAAUGUUGUGAAGGCUAUUGGAAGCGAGGAAGACAUCAUAAGCGGGCUUGCCCUGACUGCGGCUCUCGUUGCUUUCUUGUCAUUCAACCCUGCUCCGCAUCUGCUUCGUCAGCUGACAACUGAGAGGAUUGGCAAACUUCUUACUCGGUUAUUCCAAGACCAGCGAGAUAUAUUGUACAUUGCAUCGGAGAAGCAUAUGAAUGUAUCACGAAUCACCAAAUCUUCGCUUGAAACUUUGAAGCUAUCCAUGCUGCAAAUGGACAUUUGGCAUGGAGAAAAGCCAGCGUCUCUCACACCUCGCACACUCGCAUUACAACUCCUCGUUAUUCUCAGUCGCUUCGCGGAAAUUCAGUGUCUUGAGCAUCUCACGGGCGACAUAGAGCACGAUGUUGUGAUGAUGGCACGGACUUACUCGAAGGAGCGACCGUCACGGAAUAUCGACUAUGUAUUGAUCAUUCUGGCUCUAGAGGCGCAGUCCAACCUGAUAAGCUUGGAAAGUGAACAAUAUGUCUCUGCCAUCAAAGGCUGUCUUCAGGCGACCCUUGAUACAUGGUUGCAACAAAACAAUGUUUUGGAUAAUACGACGCUCAAGUUGGCAAUAAAUAUAACAAACAGCGAAACUGGGGCAUCUGUGUUUGAUGAUGGCCCUCUACUUUCUAAGCUGGUAGCCUCGAUAUCGGAAGGCUUAUCUCAGAUUCAAAACACCCUCCAGAAGGGUAGCUUUCAAAACAAGUUGUACGAUGAACUACUCUUGAUAUUAGGUAUUCUUAUCAAUGUCCUCGAGCACUGUCCGCUGGCACGAACGUCGGUAGACGAGGGCUCCCUUGACACAGCUACUACUCUUUGGCUAGGGAACAUGUCAUUCGUCAACAAUGUGAGUCUAUAUCCUAAUACAGCCCACGUUUGCAUGCUAAUUGUUCCAUAG